AUGGAAAUCCAAUCGAUCAUACCAAAUGAAGAACCUAACCUUUGGGAUGAAGAUUUUAUAAUGGAUUAUUUUGAGAAUGAAGGAACUGAAUCAAUAAUAUUAGAAGAAAAAAUCGAAUUGAUAACAAACCAAACUGCAGAAUCUCCUGAAGCUUUAAAUUUUGAUGAGAUUAAUGUUGAUCAUAAAACAGAUGAUGAAAUUGAUGUUAAUUUAAUAUUUCUGUUACUUAUCAACCUUAAAGAUUAUUGUGGAAUCACGUUAGAUGAUGCUAUAAAUGACAAAUCGCAUCCAUCAAGCAUUGAAUGGCCAAAUGACAUUUAUCGUGAAUUUAUAGAAAUUAUCAUAGAAUAUCAGUUAUCAAAUUCUUGUGGUGAUAGAUUAGUUAAGCUAUUUAAUUCAAUCAAAAAUGUUGAUAAAAACUUAUUGCCAAAAACUGCCAAAGAAGAAUGA